GUGCUGCCGUGGUUGCAACUUCCAACAUGAGCAAUCCUCAGCCUCCUAUAGAUGGUGGAGUUUCAGAAGUGGAAAUAAUUUCGCAGCAAGUAGAAGAAGAAACCAAAAGCAUAGCGCCUGUACAGCUUGUUAAUUUUGCUUACCGGGAUUUGCCGCUCGCUGCCGUAGAUCUGUCCAUAGCAGGUUCUCAGCUCUUGUCAAAUUUGGACGAGGAGUACCAAAGAGAAGGAUCUAACUGGCUUAAACCUUGCUGCGGGAGACGAGCAGCUGUCUGGCAGGUAUUUUUGCUCAGUGCGAGUCUCAACAGUUUCCUGGUAGCCUGUGUAGUAUUGGUGGUGAUUCUGCUGACUCUGGAACUCCUAAUAGAUAUAAAGCUCCUCCAGUUUUCAAGCGCAUCUCAGUUUGCUGGAGUUAUUCACUGGAUCAGUCUAGUCAUCCUCUCUGUAUUCUUUUCAGAGACUAUUUUGAGAAUUGUGGUUCUCGGUAUAUGGGACUACAUUGAAAACAAAAUAGAGGUAUUUGAUGGUGCUGUGAUCAUCUUAUCCUUGGCUCCGAUGGUGGCUUCUACUGUGGCUAAUGGCCCAAACAGCCCAUGGGACGCCAUCAGCCUCAUCAUCACCCUGAGAAUCUGGAGAGUCAAGAGAAUCAUUGACGCUUACGUACUGCCAGUAAAAGUGGAGAUGGAAAUGGUGAUUCAACAAUACGAGAAGGCGAAAGUCAUCCAAGACGAACAGCUGGAAAGACUAACUCAGAUCUGCCAAGAACAAGGG